CCGUAGUUUGUAGCCUUUGCCCUUUUCAUCCUUUAUUGAUUUUUUUGUUACUUUAACUUUUAUUUUAAGUUUUGUUCUUGUUUGUUAGUGUAUUUGUUAUUUCUCGGUUCUUGUCAGUUCUCUUAAUAAACAAGUAAUAUCAUCUGGGAGAUGUUUACAACCACUGGCUCUAGGGGUUUGUAUAAAGCUCCCCUGUGUAAAAGCCUGCUGAUUGUCCCCAGCGCCCUGGCUGGCCUGCUGACUGUGGGCCUUCCUCAGUACCAGAGCAUCUUCUCCUAUAACCUGCAAGCCAUCAGAGAGGAGUGCCAGCUGUGGCGGUUGCUUUGUGGAAGACUGGUUUGUUUGGACUUAAAGGACACAUUCUGCAGUAGUCUCCUCAUAUACAAUUUUCGCAUUUUCGAGCGACGCUACGGAAGCCGCAAAUUCGCCUCUUUCCUGCUUGGGACAUGGAUCCUCUCUGCACUGAUGGACAUGCUGCUCGUCGAAACCCUGCACCAUCUUUUCCAUCUUAAAGUGGAUGUUUUGCCAUCGGGGCUCCUGGGCCCAGUCUUUGCCCUCUUCGUGCCUUUCUACUGCUCCAUCCCGCAAGUCCAAGUCACUCAGAUCUUCGGUCAGUUCUCAAUCACAAACAAAUCUCUGGUCUACAUUAUAGGCCUGCAGCUUUUGACGUCCAGUCCCUUCAUGUGGGUCCUCUCUCUUAGCGGACUGGGAUCAGGUGUGCUUUACCACAGAAACACGCUGAAAUUGCAGCACUUCCUCCUGGUGCCUGGCUGGGUGGCGCGCUGCUCUUCCUAUGUGUUACGUCCUCUGCUCUCUGCGUCGGAGCCCCCCCUGGAGGCCGGCCUUGGCAUGGGAGCAACUUUAGACAUCCAGCGCCAGCAGAGGAUGGACAUGCUGGACCAUCAAAUCCUCCUCUCCCAGUUUGCUCAGAUGAGGAGGGGUCACCAACAGCAGGGUCACCUGAUCAACUGGAGCCGGUUCUUCCCAUCUCUUCGUCACCGAGGCCAGAACGAAAACUAUGCACAGCCCCAGCAACCUGCACGGGCGUCACCGCCCAACCUUGUUGACGGCCUGCCUGUGUCUGAGGAGCAGGUAGCCAGGCUGGUGGAGAUGGGAUUUUCUAGAUUAGACGCCUUGGAAGCCCUAAGAGCAUCUAACAAUGACAUCAACAUGGCCACUAACUUCCUGCUUCAGCACUGAAGGAGGGUAACAGCACCAUAUCUAGCGCUGGACAACUGCAAUUAUAUUGGACACCCUUGGACAACAUGUAACACGUAACAGAAGCCCUCAGCUGUCCUGAGAGUGAGAAUGACUUAUUCUGGAACUGAUCUUGCUUCCCGAUUCAGAACUUGGGGGCAAACUGAAGAGCAUUUCCUCCUUAAGAACUCAGGAGUUUCGAAAUCUUUCAGGUUGAAGGCUUUAGGAUUUAAUUCUUUUUUUUUUCUUCAAAUGAACAUCAACUACAUCAUGUAACUUUUUUUUAUCAUAGCUGGUCUACACAGUUGGCUCCUAUUAAAUCCUAAUGGUUUGAAAUAUUGAAUACGUAAAAAAAAUAAACUGUCUGACUGUAUCAUUCACAGCUUUUAAGCUGUUUUGGCUGCAAUAAAAAGUUUUCUGCAAAUCUUCAGACCAUUCAGCUAUGUCUGAUUUUCCUUAAGUUAUACAUGGUACUUGUGUUAUUUUCCAUUUUUGUUACACUUUAUAAUAUUAAGUGGACUGAAUGUACGCGGCUGCUAUCACUGCAAAUUUUAAUAGUUUUUAUUUAAUCCAAAAAUAAAUUAAAUGUAAAAAUGGCCGGCUUUGUAAUUUUGACAGAGAUUUAUGUACUUUUUUUUCUUAAUCAUCAUCUGUCUUCUGAAUAACUCUUUUAUACAUGUCCUGAAUAAUGAAAAUAAUGAAUGUUGUCAUUCAUCAGAGCCUGUUCUUUUUUUUAUUAUUAUUACAUAUUAAACAUUAAGCUUUUAUGAUAAGCCUAUACGUUUUGCCAUUUUAGCUACUGAAAUGGGAGUUAUCUAUAAGGAACAUUUUACAGUUUGCACGUGCUUUCUUUUGUCUGUAACGAAGCCUUUUGCAGUGACGCAGUGCCUCAGUGGGUAGCAGUGUUGCCUCAUACUUCUUGUGAUGGAAAUUUGAAUCCCACCUUUUUUGGGGAGAGCGGCUACUUCUCACUGAACUGCAUGGGGUUCCUCCAAGUACUUUGGUUUCCUCCUGGCAACCGCAGACAGGCAGCUGGUGGCAUUAGUGUAUGAUAGCUUGUGUGUGUGUGACCAGGGUGUACACUCUGCCGUCUCUGACCAACGGAAGUGGUUGGAAGGUAGAUGAGUUUCAUCGUAUUUUGUACAUAGUGAUAUAAAAAUGCACCAAAAAAUAAUAUAUCGCAUUUUAAUAUUUUAGUUCUCAUUCUGACAUGGUUUAUUCCCUUGAGUCUGUCCGUUCCCAGAGAAUGCGUGGCUACCUUUUUGAUUGCGUGUAUGCUUUGUCGAGCUGUACAUUUUUGGAAGAGCCUUUUGAAUCUCCUGGGGUUUGUCAUAUACUUUAAAAUGUGCUUCUUUUUUUUUCGUCUUAAUAUUUUGCUCUGCUGAGAGACGUCUGUAUCUUUCUGAAAACAUAAGUGAAUUGCUUUUCUCCAGCUUAACAUGCAAGCUUGUAUGCAGUCAAGAGUUUCCUUCAAAUUUCACUAAAGCUUGCCUCACCUUGUAUCCUGAGUCUCAAAUGAGCUGGUGAAAUGCAGUGCAGUUUAAUGUUUUUGUAUUUUUCAUCUUUAUUUUCAUUUGCAACAUUGGAAUUACGAGAAGCUGUAGUUCAUAUGUUACAUUCAUAUGAUACUGUGGGGUAAAUUCAUCAGUAUAUAUGUGUUUUAAUAAAAUCACUUUCUCAUUUAGAGCUUGUACUGAAUCUGCUCACAGCAGAGGUAAACAAAAUCACUUUGUGUGCAUGAAAGUGGCCCGUUCCUGUGAAUAGCUGAAACAUAAACGAGACGAAUUAAUUAUCUCAAUACAGCAAAACUGUUUGCCUUUACCUUUCAUUGCUUGGUGAUACAUUUUGUCCAUUCGUGUGAAGCUUAAAUGAAGCAAUCAGCUGCACGAAAUGUUAGGAUCACCAGUUAUUCCAAGUUCUACGUUUGUAAUAUUCAUCCUUGGAUUAUGUUGUCCUACAUUUGUAUAUUAUUGUCUCAGGCCUGAGGUCAUUAAUAGAUUAUUUGUAUUAAAGAGGAAGUUUUGUUAACAUGAAGUACUGUUCUCACGACUGCUUUGAUAGCUGAAUGGGAUGUAGCCAGAAUGAUGGAAAAGAUUAUCUCCCGUGAUGAUCUAGUCAUUUUAUACCAGUUUUGUUCUUAGAAACCUUCGAUAGAUGAUGGGAACCUUCUUCUCAUCCUGCCUGCAGAGACAAAACAUAAAAGCAUAUAUGCUUUUAUAAAACGAGUAAGAAUAGAACAAUGAAUAUUACAUUGUUGACUAUUAUCUCAGACACUUCAUAGUAUCCAAAUAAUACGUUUUUAAACCUAUGGGUCUCUUUUAAGGUGUGAAAACAUGUAAGAUAAUGUCUUGAAAUUUAAUGAAAAUUAAACCAGUCUUGAUGUGUAAUAGUGGGUUUUCACUAACAUGUGACGUCUUCGAGGAACCAUUUUCCUCUUUUAAUCUUAAGGCUAAGCAGUUGAAUCAUGUGGACUGAUCUUGGGCUUUACUAAGGCAGUGAUUAAAGUUUGUGUUAUGUGGAAUGUCCAGUGACUAGUGCAAUGUUAACACCUAUUAAACCUACAGUCUUUGUAAAACGGUCAUUUCUCGGAAAUAUACUGCUAUCUAUUUUUACUGUUCCUGUCUGUGUUGACUUGAUGCUGGCAUUUUCCUUGUAUUUUGGCUCUUGUGGACUUUUUUGUAAAUUGCACAGAAAACCCACCCAAUGAUGGACAAUUAUGUCAGAUUUAAAAGUUGACAUGGAUUUUAUUUUGGACGGCAAAGUGGUGAUUUAUUUAAUGUCACUGAAACAUAUUUGAGUUGUUAAAGAUAUAAGAGUGUAUCGAUGUGUUUAUAUAAGUGUAUCAGAUGAACCUAAAAAUAAAUAAUGAGUGAUUGAAGGAUAAA